UAGUCAAAAUUUACCGCGAGAUGUCGUUUGCACGUGUACAGUUUGUGUACAGUUCAUUUUUGUGUUUACAAGAAAUUCAAUCAAAAAUUUUGAAUCCAUUUUUCUACGCUUAUAAUAAACAAUUUAAAAAAAGCAAAUAUAAUUAAAAAAGAAUAUUUAUUAUUCCAUGCUUCUUGGUAAUUUGUCCUUUUGUGAAAGAGUAACUAUGAACAAUGGAAGGUUCGAAAGUAGAAAAAAGAGUAAUAUUGGACGAUUCAGAUGAAGGAUUACUUCAACCUACUUUAGUGAGAAUUAAUAAACAGAGUUGUGCUCCUCCUAAUAUUCAUAUUGAUAAAAAUGAGUUUAGAAUAGGUCGUGCAAGAGAUAACGAUGAAAUUAUUUUGGAUGCAAUAAUAUCUCGAAAGCAUUGUAUUAUAAGACACGAAGGAAAUAAAGAAUGGAUGAUUAAGGACAUAAGUUCUUCUGCUACAUUUGUUAACGAUGUUCCUCUAAUUUUUGGUGAAAGUCGAAAACUCAAUAACGGAGAUAUUGUACAAUUUAGCACAUCUGAAGAAUUUAAAUAUCUGUUUAUUAUUGGUACUGACGAUGAGCAUAAAAUUAAAAAGCUUAAAUUAGAUGAACAAGUGUUGGACAAUGUUCUUAUAGAGCAAAAGACAUUUGCAGAAAGUCAAGAAUGUCAAAAGAAAAUUCUUAAAGACAAAUUACAAAUAAAACAAAAGGAACAAGAUAAUUUAAAGCAACAAUUAGAGCAGCUUUUAAAGCAACAAGAUAUUACAAAAGAAGAUACUGAAGAUCUGAAAAGACAAAUUACAGUGUUGGAGAAGAAAAUAGAACAUGGCGAUGUUCAAGAGCAAUAUAUAAAACAUAUGUAUGCUGAAUUGUUAGAGAAAUUGGAGAACGAACGGAUUGAAUUUGAAAGAAAAUUGAAUGAAGAAAAACAAAAAUGGCAAGAGGCAUUAAAUGUAAGUAAACUCGAAAAAGAAAUGUUGGAAAUGAAAAUGAAAGAGCAAAUGAAAAAAUGGAGAGAAGAGCAACAAGCAGAAUGGAAAAAUGUGAUGGAGAAUAAAGUUAAGGAAGAAAAAAGUAUACAAGCUCAAUUAGUAAAUGAAAAGAUACUUUUAGAGGAAAAAUUAAAAGAAACAGAAAGGGCUUUAAAAGAACAAGAAGCAAAAGGAACAGUACAGAAUAAUGUUGCAGGGACUUCCGAAAAUUCUAGUGAUAGUUGUAUAUUUAUAGAAAUUGUAAAUGAUCCUUCACAUUAUCAAAUUAUAGACAAAAUAGAUAUAACAGAUGCUACUCAACCUAUCAUAGACACGGAAAAAAAAGAAAGUGUACUUAAAAAAGUUAAUGAUAUAAUGGAUGAACAAUUAACUUGUAGUAUAUGUUCAGAAUUAUUUGUGAAAGCGACAACAUUAAAUUGUAUGCACACAUUUUGUAAUCAUUGUAUACAUUUAUGGAACAAAAAGAAAAAGGAAUGUCCAAUAUGUAGAACACCGAUAUCAACAAUGAAUAGACCAUUAGCUCUAGAUAAUUUUAUUGAAAGUAUGAUAGAAAAUUUAUCUAUUAAGUUUAAAGAAAGGAGAAAAGAAAUUAUAAAAGAAAGACAAGCAAAGGAGUGCAAGAGAAAAAGCCGUUGUAAAAUUACGAGGAAAUAAUACAAUUUAAUUUGAUAUAUUAUGAUAUUAAUAAUAUUAUAUUAAGAUAUGUUAUUUUAGUAACUUUCGCUGAAGAGUUAGCUCUUAAUUAAGUAAAAAUAAGGCGCAUCAGUGAAACUGUGUAAAAAGAAAUG